UAAUCAUGUAAUACGUACUCUCCGUCACGUUAGUACGUGGAGGACCAGGAAUGAAUCGAGCCGAGAAGGAAUUGGUUAAAAUUCCCUUUCCUCUGUUCUAUAUAAGCCUCUGUCCCUCCUCACCCAUAACUCUGCUAACCUCUCUCUACUUUCCCUGAAAGAGUUUCUUGAUCUGGGUUUGGAUUCUGCAAUUUUUCUCGUGUGUUCCAUUUUCUUCAGUAAGGAAGAAGAAUUUGAAGGGAUGGGUGGCACUGAUACCGCGCAUUUCGUGUUCGGAAUCCUUGGAGAUGCUACCGGGCUUUUGCUGUUUUUGGCACCAUUGAUUACGUUUAAGAGGAUCGUGAUGAACAAAUCCACUGAACAAUUCUCUGGCAUUCCCUACGUCAUGACCCUACUCAAUUGCUUGCUUUCUUCUUGGUACGGCCUGCCUUUUAUUUCACCAAACAACAUGCUUGUCUCGACAAUCAACGGGACUGGUGCAGUCAUUGAGGCCAUCUAUGUGCUAAUUUUCGUCAUCUAUGCACCCAAGAAAGAGAAGGGCAAAAUCUUGGGACUCCUCACAUUUGUGCUCAGUGUGUUCGCCUCGGUCGCCCUCAUCUCUAUGCUGGCCCUUCAAACUAAAAAUAACAAAAAAAUCUUCUGUGGUUUUGCGGCCUCCAUCUUCUCCAUCAUCAUGUACGGGUCCCCUUUAUCCAUCAUGAGAACAGUGAUCAAGACGAAGAGCGUGGAAUACAUGCCGUUUUUCUUGUCACUGUUUGUGUUCUUAUGUGGCACUUCCUGGUUCAUCUUUGGACUGCUAGGAAAGGAUCCUUUUGUUGCUGUGCCUAAUGGUUUUGGUAGCGGGUUAGGAGCAAUUCAGCUGAUCUUAUAUGCCAUUUACCGCGACAACAAGGUUGAAGCCAAGAAACUUGGUCCCGAUGAAUCGCUGGAGAUGGGCCUUGCCAAACCAGAUGCCCAGCAACAGCCUGCAGCCCGGCCUGAUGAAGAGAAGCAAUCAAACACACAGCUAUCUGUAAACGGACACGUCUAGGCAGUGUGUAUGGUCAGCAUAUGGACAGUUGUGCCCUGGUUAUGAACCCCUUAGUUUUUCGGAAUUUAGCUUCCCUAGUUCUGGUCUUUAGCUUUUGGAAUCCUAAUUUCCCUUGCCCACAAUGGUACUAAAAGAUAACAGACGUAGCAUUUUGUAUUCUAGAAUUAAUUGUUUCUUUCUUUUUUAGGGAAUGGCAGUAAUAAUAAUACGUAAUAAACAGUAACGGAUGAACAAACAGAACAAAAA